GGCAGUGGUUAGGACAGUACUGCCUUAUAUGUCGAUGUGUGGUCGAGGGCGGUUCAACUCUCUCCUCUCUGCCCACAACACCCUCUGCGAUUGCUGAUACACGAUGUUUGAUCGACUUAAGUUUUCUAACAGAAGACACUCUCCUGCGCCUCCCGGUGGCCCUUCGCGACCCUCGAUCUCUGUUCCCAGCAUUCAGAUCACUACUUCUCCAACUGAAAGCGAUGAAACAACUAGCACAGAUCGCGGUGGAUCUGAUAGACCCAGUCUUAAGCCUCUUACUACAACUGGCGGUAGUUCUCGAGGCCGGAAGCAGCGGUGGUCUGUUCGGCACACUAUAGCUAAGCUAUUGCCCAGUCCCGAUCCCGACCAAUCGAACUCCUCCGAUCCCAGGCAAUCUGACCCCUCGGCACCCGAUCUGCCAUCCCCAACCGUCCCUGCUGGUGAAGGAAAGAAAACAAUCAUCGCCGCCACAAGGCUCGUCCUCCAAACUGCUGCCUCUGCUCUUAAGUUCGCCCCUAUUCCAAAUCUCGAUCAGAUACCACGUAUUCUCCUCACAUGGCUCCAAGUUUACGAGACGAUUGACAACAAUGACGAAAAUCUCAAGGGAUUAGACGAUGAAGUUCGAAAGGCUCACGAAACGAUUUUUAGGCCUCUCCAGUUGUGGACUGGCCAAGUUCCUCUCGAAAUAAGUGAUCUGAUUCAACGAUUUAACUUCAAAUUGAGGCACUCAAACGUCAAAAGCUUUCCAAGAGGGUAAUUUUAGCGACUGAGAUAACCCAGGAAAUAAGCGCUGUGAAGUCCUGUAUCUGUGAUGCUGUCUCCCGCUUUACGACCACUGCGACAACUCUGAAUCUCCUCCACACAA